AUGCCAAGCACAAGCAAGCCGUGUCACAACUGUCGUCGUCGACGCCUGCGCUGCGACCGCUCAUGGCCAACAUGCCACAAAUGCGCGGUCUCAGGGCAGGAGUGCCUCGGGUACGGCAAGGUGUUCGUGUGGACGACACAGGCGAUUGAUUCCCAUGGCAAUUUGAAACCCACGCAAUCCAGCCGCCAUGCUACAGAUCCCCACGUCUCCGCGGCGUCGAGCACUGCUACGAGCCCCAUCAUGAUGAGCAGCAGUGAUAUGACGCUUCCUCCAUCGAAUCCUCACCAGGGGCACGCUCAACCCCUAAUGCCAACGAACGAGUCCAUGUGUCCAGCAGUUUCGCCCGAGCCCGGAACCGCAUCAGCCAUGGUGCUCACAGAUCCCGUUUUUCAAGACCUGGACCGCCCUUCCAGAUCUUACCUCGCUUACUUCGCUGAUCGUGUUUGUCAAGACCUUGUCGGCAGGGACAGCCCUGGCAGUAACCCGUUCCGGGAAUUGCUACCGAUGACAAGAAAGCACCCCCUUCUACUUCAGAUCCUCAUUGCCACCUCAGCCAUACACUGGUCCAAUAUCAUCCGGCCAAUCACCGACAUAUCUACCGGCCUCACCGACCCCGGUGGGUAUCUUGCCUCGCUUAGGUCGAGGGACUUGGUGUCCCGCCAAGCCCUCAUCGAUGCUCUCACUGCCAAGCAGAAGGCGAUGGUUCACAUGCGCGAGGUCCUUGAUACCUUGGAUCCUGCAGGGAGUGAAGUUGCCUUGGCCGCCAUGCACUUCUUCAUCAAGUUUGACCUCAUCGAUGUUGAGAAGAAAGAUCCAUCUAGUUGGAAAGCACAUCUUGAGGGCGCGGCUAGCAUCAUGGCACUACUCACACCAGACAAUAUGAGAAGCUCUUCAAGUAGGACGCUUCGAGACUGUGUCAUUGCGGAUUGCUUCAUAUACCACAUAUUUGGCUCAACUCUGUCGUCAGGAGGUCUGGCAGCUCGGAUUGCUAAAUACGCGUUCGAUUUACUACCAGUGAUGAAGAGAGUGGAGGUCACGAGCUCGCUAUCCUGCCCUCCAGAAAUACUCCAGAUCAUCCUCAUGGCUUCACAAUUAUCUUAUGAUACCCCUUGUACUGACACGUAUGUUAACAACACUCACUAUCUUACUCUGUCAGCCCAUUAUUCUAACUUUAUCUGCAGUUGGUCGCUUCCUCCUACAAAAGAAGCUCUUUCUCUUAUUGACCAAGCGCUGACGUUCGAUAUCCCAGCGUGGGCAGAGCAGUUACGCCAGAUUCCACACAUAACAGAUGUUGAAAGUCGAGUACAUGUAGCUUCUGCGCAUCGGUCUGCCGCCUGUUUAUACAUCCUGCAGGCGUUACCGCUUGUCCGUUCCUUGAGACCAGUCGAUACAGACCUAUUAGUCAAGGAUAUUCUAGAACAUGUUGCUGCUUUGGGGCACGAUGAUCCCUAUUUUAAAGCUUCAUCAUGGCCAACAUUCAUAGCCGGUGCCGAAACUUGCGAUGCAGAAAAACGCACUUGGACCCUAAAGAGACUGCUGGAUAUGUGGGAAACCUGCCGCUGGGGGUACAUUUUUACUGCAAUCGAGAUGCUCAAAGCGACUUGGCAACUACAAGAUGCUGCAGCCAAGGCCGGAAACAUGGAUAGUCGAGCACACUGGCUACAGGAUUUGAAAGGUCUGGGCUUUGAGCAUUUGAUUGUUUAA